UGUUGAUUUUUAGAUGUGAAGCAGUGUACUCUAAGCACAUUUGCAACUUAAAGCGCGAAUCAUAGAUUGAAGUUGUUAUUCUUUAGGCAAGCGAUGUUCCCUGUCUCAGAUUUAUUACAACGAGCUGAGUCGAAAGACACAUGAAGGGAGACUGUCGCCUCAAUUGCGCCUGAUUCCUUGUGAUUCCGAGCUGGAAAGCGACUGUAAAAGCCUUCGCACGCCAUCAUUUGUUGAGUCGUUCGAUCUGAUGAGUAUCGAAUGCCUGAAAGACUUCGAUCAGCAGCAAAUCAAGUACGACAUCACGGGCAUGUUUCACUGGUGCCAGGCAAGGCCGAUAGAAGAGUGCAUCUUGGACCGUAACCAAGCUGCAAUGACGGUGCUGAACGGUCACGUAGUCGUGUGCCUAUUUGCUGAGAAGGACAGCCCGCUGAUCGGCAUUAGGAACUUUGUCAUGCCCCUACGGGCGUCCAACUUCCACUACCAUGAACUGAAGCAUGUCGUUAUCGUCGGCGACGUGGACUACUUGAGGCGCGAGUGGAAGACGCUGUACAACCUACCGAAGAUUUCCAUUCUGAACGGUUCCCCUCUCAGUCGUGCAGACCUCAGAGCGGUAAACAUCAACAUGUGUGACAUGUGUGUGAUCCUGUCGGCAAGAAUACCGAACCCGUCCGAAGAUCCGACCUUGGCAGACAAGGAGUCGAUUUUGGCGUCGUUGAAUAUCAAGGCGAUGCAGUUCGACGACACUUUGUCGUUUUAUCCGCAGGCUUUCAGCAGCUCGUCGCCGUUGGGUUCGCCCGUAAGCUUCCAACGACACCCGGUUAUGUUUGGUACUCAAGUGCCAAUGAUCACUGAACUGGUUCACGACUCAAAUGUACAGUUUCUCGAUCAGGACGAUGACGACGACCCCGAUACUGAGCUCUACCUGACCCAACCAUUCGCGUGCGGCACGGCGUUCGCGAUCAGCGUUCUCGACUCGCUGAUGAGUACGACGUAUUUCAAUGACUCAGCCUUGACGCUGAUCCGCACCUUGGUCACCGGAGGCGCUACUCCAGAGCUGGAGCUGAUCCUGGCAGAAGGUGCGGGUCUACGGGGUGGUUAUUCAACGCCGGAAACGAUGAUGAAUCGCGACCGUUGUAGAGUGGCACAGAUCGCUUUGGCGGAUUCGCCGUUUCAGGGAAUUAAGGUCGGCUCUACCUACGGACAGAUGCUCAGCGUGGCGUUGAAAAAUCACGGCAUGUUAUGCAUCGGACUGUAUCGACUGCAUGACUUGGUCUCUCCAGAUUCAACCAAACGAUACGUUAUCACAAAUCCCCCUGCUGACCUUAAGCUGUUGACAACGGAUAAGGUUUAUGUGUUGCAACCGUACGACCAAGGUAUGGAGUACACUCCUCCUAAAGAUAGGGAAACUGUAUGACG